UAAUAUCCUCUAUAUAAAACGACACCCACUCUUCCCUCGCCUUCAUCUCUCUCUCUCUCUCUCUCUCUCUCUCUCUCUCUCUCUUACACACAUUCUCCUCUCUCCAUUCAUCAAAACGCAGAGAACUGAAUAUUGUCGUCUCCCGUUUUAAUCUGGUUGUCUCCGCCGUCGUUUAACGGGCUCUAAUGGUGAUGACUAACACCACCAAAGGAUUUGUUCUCUACCUUUUGUCGGGUUUCUCUGUCGUUGCGCUUUCUCUUAUUUACAUCAAACAACGAUAUGAAUACUACCCAGAUCGCCAAACUCGUUUCUCAUCAUCAAAUCAUGCUCCUGUGGACUUAAGUACCGAAGCAUUAGUCUGGCCUGAAUUGGAGUUUAAUUGGAGACUUGUAAUGGCGACACUGAUUGGAUUUUUAGGCUCGGCUUGUGGAACUGUGGGAGGAGUUGGAGGUGGAGGCAUAUUUGUUCCUAUGCUUACUCUCAUAGUUGGUUUUGACACAAAGUCCGCUGCUGCUAUCUCUAAAUGCAUGAUUAUGGGGGCAUCAAUAUCGUCUGUUUGGUAUAAUCUAAGAGUGCCUCAUCCAACAAAAGAGGUGCCCAUCAUAGACUAUGAUUUGGCCCUUCUUUUCCAACCCAUGUUGAUGCUUGGUAUCACAGUUGGUGUGUCUUUAAGCGUUGUGUUCCCCUAUUGGCUUAUCACUGUUCUCAUCAUUAUCCUCUUCUUGGGGACUUCUUCAAGGUCCUUCGUUAUGGGGCUCGAGAAGUGGAAGAAUGAAACCUUAGACAAACAAAAGGCCAGGCAGCUAGAAACAGUAGACUCUCGUGGAGAACUUAUAAUUGGUAUGGAUUACCUGCCAUUAUCUUCUGGGGAAGAGAAAUCAACAAUGGAAGUAAUGUGUUUGAACCUUAGGUGGAAAAGGGUACUGGUUUUAGUGGCUGUCUGGGCGUGCUUCCUACUACUCCAAAUUGUCAAGAAUGAUUUGAAAGUCUGCAGUACAUGGUAUUGGGUCCUUUUCUUCUUACAGUUCCCAAUAGCGCUAGCAUUGUUUGGAUAUGAAGCAGUGAAAUUAUACAAAGAACACAAGAAGAGAAUGAGCACAGGCAAUGUAGAAUACAUCUGUGAGGCUUCAAUUGAAUGGAGUGUACUUCAUCUUGCAUUUUGUGCUCUAUGUGGCCUCUUAGGAGGCACUGUUGGUGGACUUCUCGGCUCUGGAGGCGGCUUCAUUCUCGGUCCACUUCUUCUCGAGAUAGGCGUCAUUCCACCAGUGGCAAGUUCAACAGCAACAUUUGUUAUGGCAUUUUCAUCAUCCUUGUCCGUGGUGGAGUUUUAUCUCCUCAAGAGGUUCCCCAUUCCUUAUGCUUUAUACCUCUCGGGAGUGUCUGUCCUGGCCGGGUUUUGGGGACAGUACUUUGUAAGAAAGAUCAUCAAAAUACUUGGGAGAACUUCAAUCAUUAUUUUCAUUCUUUCUGGUGUCAUUUUUGCUAGUGCUCUCACUAUGGGUGUCAUUGGCAUAGAGAAGAGCAUCACAAUGAUAAGCAACCAUGAGUUCAUGGGAUUCUUAGGCUUUUGUAGCAGUCAGUGAACUCAGUGACAGAAAUAUUGUCUGUGGAUAUAGUAAGAAAUGCAUCAAAGUUUGCUCAUGUGAAAUAGUACCAUUACAAAGCUAGUGUUGGCCAACACCUUGUUGACCAAUCCCAUCAAGUAGUACCAGUAAUAAUAGUGUGUUGUUGUAUGAGUUUUGGUGUUUGGUUCAAUGUUAGCUCCUGGCUAACAUGAUCUCCAUUUAUUUAGUUAGUGCUCAAAUGUUAGCUCCUGGUUAACAUGAUUUCCAUUUAUUAGGUGGUUGGCUCAAAUGUUAGCUCCUGGCUAACAUGGUCUUCUCUACCCAUUAAUAAGUGUUUGGCUCAAGUUAUUUGAUUAUGAUUUAUAUAUAAAAGGACAAAAAUAAUUGAAGAAUUAA